AUGCGUAUCAACUCUGUUGCCGCUGCCGUUGGUGCAGCUCUGCUGGCCCAAGGCGCAUAUGCCGAGGACACCAAGGAGGAGACUGCCUCGUCGGUAGCCCCCCAGGCGCCCACCUUCACACCCUCCAGCAUCAAGGGUGAUUUCGUCGAGCAGUUUACCGACGAUUGGGAGGAGCGGUGGAAGCCUUCGCACGCCAAGAAGGACACCAAAGGCUCCGAGAAGGAGGAGGAGGAGUGGGCAUAUGUCGGCGAGUGGUCAGUCGAGGAGCCUUCGGUGUACAAGGGCAUCGAGGGUGACAAGGGCCUGGUCGUCAAGAACAAGGCUGCCCAUCAUGCCAUCUCGGCCAAGUUCCCCACACAGGUCGACAACACGGGCAAGACCCUGGUUGUGCAGUACGAGGUCAAGCUCCAGAACGGCCUCGAGUGCGGUGGUGCGUACCUGAAGCUUCUUCGCGACACGGAGGCGCUCCACCAGGAUGAGUUCGCCAACACGACACCGUACGUGAUCAUGUUCGGCCCCGACAAGUGUGGCCACACCAACAAGGUGCACUUCAUCUUCAAUCACAAGAACCCCAAGACGGGCGAGUAUGAGGAGAAGCACCUGAACAGCCCUCCGUCUGCCAAGAUUGUCAAGACCACGGAGCUGUACACGCUCGUCGUCCACCCCAACAACACGUAUGCCAUCCAGCAGAACGGCGAGACUGUCAAGGAGGGCAGCCUUCUGGAGGACUUCACGCCGGCCGUCAACCCGGCCGAGGAGAUCGACGACGCCGAGGACAAGAAGCCCGAGGACUGGGUUGACCAGGCCCGCAUCGCGGACCCGGAGGCCACGAAGCCCGAGGACUGGGACGAGGAGGCACCGUUUGAGAUUGUCGAUGAGGAGGCUACCAUCCCCGAGGACUGGCUCGAGACCGAGCCUCUGUCGGUGCCGGACCCGGAGGCUCAGAAACCGGAGGACUGGGACGACGAGGAGGACGGCGACUGGAUCCCGCCUACCGUGGCCAACCCCAAGUGCGCCGAGGUGUCUGGCUGCGGACCCUGGAUUCAGCCCAAGAAGAAGAACCCCGAGUACAAGGGCAAGUGGAACGCACCGCUCAUCGACAACCCGGCCUACAAGGGCGUGUGGGCCCCCCGCAAGAUCAAGAACCCCGACUACUUUGAGGACAAGACGCCGUCGAACUUUGAGCCCAUUGGCGCUAUUGGCUUCGAGAUUUGGACCAUGCAGAACGACAUCCUGUUUGACAACAUCUACAUUGGCCACUCGGUGGAGGAUGCUCGCAAGUUUGCCGAGGAGACCUACUUCCAGAAGAUUACGGUCGAGAAGGCGGUUGAGCAGGCCGAGAAGCCCAAGGCUGAAGACAAGCCCAAGUCCCUGGCCGACCUGAAGUUCACGGAGGACCCGGUCACGUACGUAAAGGAGAAGAUCGACCUCUUCAUGACGAUCGCGGCCAAGAACCCGGUCGACGCGAUCAAGUUCGUGCCCGAGGUGCCGGCGGCGCUUGGCGCGAUCCUGGUGCUCCUGAUUGGCGGCAUUGUGGCCCUGAGCAUUGGCGGAAAGCCGGCGCCGGCACCGAAGAAGAAGGUGGAGACGGAGAGCAAGGGCAAGGACAAGGCGGAGGCGUCGACCACGGGUGCGGACGCGAGCAAGGAGGGUGUGACCAAGCGCACGACGCGGAGCCAGUCGUAA